UUUUCCCUUGUUUUAGGGUAUUUCAGUCUGUCGGUCGUCUUCUCGUGACCUAACCUUCCCCCUUCUUUGAUCUGUCUUCCGCCGUCUCUCCCUCAUUUGGUGCCUCAAGGCACUUUCAUCGCCUCUCUCCGUCUGUUGUCUACUCAGCUUGAGCCACGUACAAGAGUUUCUCCGUUAGGUGUACCAUGUUCGGUUAGGCUCUGGAUAUGCAACCAUAUUUUCCUUUUGUCGUAGCAUUGGACAAGUUUCCUGGUUUUACCUGACUCUAUCGCGGCUAAUGUCGGGGCCGUGGAGCGAGGAGGCGGAGGAGGAUGCGUCAUCGCUGGCAGGGACGACUGACGUUGAGCUGAUCAAGCGGGCAUGGCGGAACGAGAAGGCCGCCCCCGAGAUCCUUCAGUUCGAGGGUCCGCUCGUCCUCCGCGUCCGAGAGCAGAUCCAGCUCCUUGAAGAGACAGUGGAGGAAUCUACGGAGAAUGGUUCCAAUGAUCUAGUUGUUUCUCUUUACCAAAUGGAUUUAGAUCGCACCCUAUUUCUUUUGAGAUCUUAUCUUCGAAUCCGUCUACAAAAGAUUGAGAAAUAUAUGAUCCACAUAUCCAAGACUAAUCUUUGGAACCGGCUUUCUGAGCAAGAAAAGAAGUUUGCAAAAAGGUGCACAGAGAUAAUGGAGAAGCUUCUUGAGCAGUCUGUGCUAGCAAGAUUGCCCUAUGGCUACGAGUCCUUUCUGAAACAAUCAAUAUCAAGUGAAGAAGAUGAUAUGGUUCCCGAGCCCCAGUUAGAUACAUUCGUCUUCUGCAAGGCAAAGGAUGCUGUUGGAGCUUUUCAGCUGGAUGACAGUGGGGAUGAGAUUGUGGACUUGGUUGCUGAUGACUUGUAUGUCAUCCGUUAUAAAUCCAUAAAAGGUUUGGUGGAGGCUGGCCAGAUUGAUCUUGUGUGACUUAUUCAAAGGCUAAAUAUAGGGCAAAGUAAUCUGCAUCUUCUGAGAGGGGCUGAAGGAUGUGGCAUUGUCCGUUGAAAGCAUUUGCUGGAUUAUGGAGUUUUUGUAAGUGUUCCAGGUGACAACUUGUUGGAUUAUUCAGAGACAUCUGCUUCCUGUCUAAAUUAAGGGUGUCGACAUUUGGAUGCUACCUUUUAGAAAAAUCCUUGUAAUAUGUCUAAUAUUCACCUUUAAUUUCUUCUCACCUAUCUUAACAAACCCGACUUUAGAUGCGACCAGUCAAUGCAAAUAGCUAGAUUUCACAUUUGAGAUUCUUAUUUAGCAAUAGAUCAUUGUACUUCCAUGA